UGAUGAAUGUGUGAACAACACUGUUUGUGACAGUCACGGGUUUUGUGACAAUACGGCUGGGUCCUUCCGCUGCCUCUGUUAUCAGGGCUUUCAGGCGCCACAGGAUGGGCAAGGGUGUGUGGAUGUGAACGAAUGCGAGCUGCUUAGUGGGGUGUGUGGUGAAGCCUUCUGUGAAAAUGUGGAAGGGUCCUUCCUCUGUGUGUGCGCUGAUGAAAACCAGGAGUACAGCCCCAUGACUGGGCAGUGCCGCUCCCGGGCCUCGGGAGACUUAGAUGAAGAUCAACCCAAGGAAGAAAAGAAAGAAUGCUACUAUAAUCUCAACGACGCCAGUCUCUGUGAUAAUGUGCUGGCCCCCAACGUCACCAAACAGGAAUGCUGCUGCACUUCUGGGGCCGGGUGGGGGGACAACUGUGAGAUCUUCCCUUGCCCUGUCGUGGGGACUGCUGAAUUCACUGAAAUGUGUCCUAGAGGGAAAGGUUUUGUCCCCACUGGAGAAUCCUCUUACGAGAUGGGUGGUGAGAACUAUAAAGAUGCGGACGAAUGCAUGCUCUUUGGGCAAGAAAUCUGCAAAAAUGGCUUCUGUCUGAACACUCAGCCUGGUUACGAAUGCUACUGUAAGCAGGGGACAUACUAUGACCCCGUCAAACUGCAGUGCUUUGAUAUGGAUGAAUGUCAGGACCCCAAUAGUUGUAUUGAUGGCCAGUGCGUUAAUACAGAAGGCUCUUAUAACUGCUUCUGUACCCAUCCAAUGGUUCUGGAUGCUUCAGAGAAAAGAUGUAUACGACCAACUGAAUCACACGAACAAGUAGAGGAAACUGAUGUCUACCAAGAUCUGUGCUGGGAACAUCUGAGUGAAGAGUAUGUGUGCAGCAGGCCCCUCGUGGGCAAGCAGACGACUUACACGGAGUGUUGCUGUUUGUAUGGAGAGGCCUGGGGUAUGCAAUGUGCCCUCUGCCCCAUGAAGGACUCAGACGACUAUGCCCAGCUGUGUAACAUCCCCGUCACGGGACGCCGGCGCCCAUAUGGACGGGAUGCCUUGGUCGACUUCAGCGAACAGUAUGCUCCCGAAGCUGAUCCCUACUUUAUUCAGGACCAUGUAAACGAAUGUGAUGAGUUGAACAACCGGAUGUCUCUCUGCAAGAAUGCCAAGUGCAUCAACACCGAAGGCUCCUACAAGUGCCUAUGUCUGCCUGGCUACGUACCUUCUGACAAACCCAACUACUGCACUCCGUUGAAUACCGCCUUGAAUUUAGAAAAAGACAGUGACCUGGAGUAAAAGAGAAUCUACAUAACCGAAGCCCAUAUACUCUGCACUGUGUAAAGGGGAAGAGAGAGAUGUAUUAUACUUGAGACAUUGCACCGAACCCGGAAUGUCGGAAAUACGGAAACAUCGCGGAGUUGUGCGUCCUUGGGAAGAGGAUGAGAGGAUCCAGUGUGAGCCUGACUGGUGUGACAGACCAAAUGGACGUUUCUCUGAAAAACCAGUAUAUAUAGUCUGUUCAUAUGUAAAAUUCAGUGGAAAAGAGGCGGAACAGUGCUGUUAUUUUAAACAGAAGGUUGUAUUAUGAUGUUUUUGUUUUGUUUUGUUUCUACUAUUGCUUGAUUAAAUUUGGCAUUUAAAUAGUGGUGGAAAUAUUUUAUAUAAUUUUCAUUUUUUGGUUGUGCAGUUCCUUGGCUACUGUUUUUCUUCAGUUUUUUUUUUUUUUCAUUCUCAAGUGCACAAGUCUUUGAUAAAAUAUUGUUAAACUGUAUUAUAAGUAUUGUUACACAGGGUUAUGUUAUUCCUGGUCUGGAGCAUUUUUAAAAUCCACACUGUCUGUCCUGUGGAGCAGGCAGUGAUUUUUGUUUCAAAACUUUUAUACACAUUUGGAGGAAAGUACUUUAUAUUUACGGUGUAUUGUCUGAUUUUAAUGUCCAUUCUUAGCCAAGCUGCUAGUAGGCAUCAAUUGGAUCCUUUCCUGCAUUGAGAUGGAAGAACUAAUGAGCUUACGUUAGUAUUGUAAUUGUGUAAAGUAAGCCCAGCAAAAUUUUUGGAAAACUUGAUGACCCCACCGUAUUUACCAUUGUAUGUUAAAGCAAAAUAAAUCACCAUUUUUUUAGGAAAAAAAAGUCUA